UGGAAGAGAGUUAUAUUUGGCAUCUGUUUCUUCCACGCUGUCAUACUGGAGAGGAAAAAAUUUGGUCCUCUGGGCUGGAACAUAACGGUAAUUGCUUGUGUCACGUUUUAUGGGCGUGUGGUCAGUACCAGGGGAGUAAUUUACCCGUUGGAGGGAUUUUUUCUUUAAAUUUCAGAGACCCUUUUGUCUGUUGUUCAUAUAUGCAGAAGUAAGCCUCUUAAGCUAGUGUCUCAUUGCAACAAUGGAUCGUUCGAAUUGAGGCGUUACAUUGGCUGCCGGUCCGUGGUCGCAUAGAGUACAAAAUUGCACCUCUGUGCUACCGCUGCUUGCAUGACCUGGCGCCGUCAUAUCUCAAAACGCUCAUGCCGCCUUAUGUACCCACUAGACAACUCCGCUCCUCCGAUAGUGGCGAACUCUCGAUACCGCGUGUUAGCCUUGAGACUCACGGAAGGCGCACUUUCGCAUUUGUUGGCCCAACAAUUUGGAACACCCUUCCUGUCGCUCUCAGAAACAGCGAGACACUGGAAUCCUUCAAAACCGAUUUGAAAACACAUCUAUUUCGCAAACAUCUGCUGGGGUGAUGGUGUCUACAAGCUUUUCCAGCGAGCUAUUAUCUCCUAGAUGUAAAAUGGCUUGUGUUGUUUAUAGUUGCAAGGGAUGAAAGACUUAUAAUGGUUAUGCUCAUUUGUAGUUUUUGUAGUGUUGCGUUUUGUAUUUCUAUGUGGUAAAAUAUAGAUUGUUUUCAUUUCUCUUUUAAUAUGGUUGACUUUCUACCGCGCUUCGAACCUUUGGGGAUGAAGCGUGAUUUUUUUAAAAUAAACUUUAUCUUAUAUUAUUAUGUUGACUCUAUUAAGCAGUAUUUCUUUGCGGUAACAUAAGAUGCGACGCAUGACUAAAUCCCUAUAAUAACAUUGAGGUUGGUCGUUAUUUCAGUACGCCUUCAGUGACAGCGAUCGGGAAUGUGCGCUACUGAACAUGGAGAUGUUCUGUAAAGACGGCUACAUCCCUUGGGACACUCUCAUCUACAUUACGGGGGAGGUAGGCUACUCAUAUAAUAUACGAGAAGGGUUAUAGCCCGGAUACGAACUCUUUUAUAUAAUAUAUAUAUAUAUAUAUAUAUAAUCGCGGAGUAAUUUAUUUCAAAAAACUGGUAAAACAUUUGUAUUGUUCCCUCGAGUCCAUUCACUGGGCAUAAUGGAGACAGUUACAGGGCAACCGUUUAAUAAUAAUUGUUUUUACUCAUCUGUCUGUGUUUACGAUUUUUCCCACACAGCAAGGCCCAGACUUUUAGAUGUUUUAGGUCGCUCUGUUACCUUCUCCAUACUUGUGAAACCUUUCACAUAAACCUAUUAGAGGGUUAGGAUGUGGGGAUUUGUGAUUUUUAAUUUAAAAAAUAACGCUAAACUUUUUUUAAUACUUUUGGUAUAAACCGCUGGCAUUUAAAAAAAAAAAAGUAUAAAAAAUAUCCGCUUUCUGAUAACAGUCAGCUCUAUUCAUCCAUCCAAGCAUUUGGUAUUGAUGGUACUGUUAGUCUGGUAUUAAUAUUUUACUGCUCAUAUCGUGUUGAUAUUUUACUGCUCUUGAUUGUUAACGCUGACCUGCUGAAUCCCACCAAAAAAAAUAAUAACAAUUACAGAUUACAUAUGGUGGUCGUGUAACGGAUGCGCAGGACCAACGGUGUCUCCGAACUAUACUCAAGCUGUUCUUCAGACAGGAAACGUUGAAGCCCAAAUACAAGUACUCGG